GAAAACACCCAAAAAAUAAUUUGCAAAAAACAAAAUCUACUCCAUGUACAAAGACAGAAAUCACUUCAAAAUCAACUUGUCCGAAAUUGAAUUCACAGAAUCCUAAAGAAGAGUGUUCUCAAAAGAGUUUUCUAGACAACUGCAAGGGAAUUGUUUCCAGUGUAUAUAGGAUAUUAUGUCCCGGUAAAAAUAAAAAAUCAGGAAAAAAAGCAGCUUCACUUGGCUUAAUAAGAUCCCUGUCCCUUCCAGAGAUCAAAGGUUUGACUGGUGGAACUCUAACAGCUUCAUCAGGAAGCAAUUAUGGUAGAAAGAAGCCAGGUACAAUGUGUUUUGCACAUUAUAAAACGAAAAACAAGUACCCUUGGAAACAAACAAAUCGUUGGAGUUUGUGCAAUGAAAGAUUUUUAUCUAAAAAAUCUGAUCCUUGUGAGCCGAACAAGGAGGAAACUGCACCAGAAGCAAAUAAACUGAAUUGCAUUUGUUAUGAAGAAAUGAAAAAGUUCAGUGAGAGACGUUCGAAUAAUCAAACUGCAGUAAAAGAAGUAUGUGAGAAAAAGUCCCAAGCAGAGUCUACAAAACAUCUUAAUUUCAAAUUGACGGAUCAUUCCAAAAUAUGUCAAGCAGCUAGUAAAAGCAAAUUGAAUUCUAAAAUUAAAAAAUGCGAUUCACGUCCGAAACAAGACCAAAGUAUGUUUAAUCAGUGUGGAGAAAUCUCCAAACAAGCGAAAAGCGUAAAUUCUGGAAUAGAAACCGUCCCGCAAGAUAAAUGCAAAAAGCUGGCGAUAAGCACAGAUAAAAAAAAUCAAGAAAUGUCUUGCAUGAAUAAAUUGAAAAACAAUACUGAAGCUGCAGUAAAAGAGGAUUCCACUAAGAUAGCUGCUGAGCAGACAAAAUCCUGUUUGGAUAAACUGAAAGAUAAAAGAACAACAGAACAAAAAAAGGAGCACAUUGAACAAAUACACAAAACAACGACAAAUGAAAGGAAUUCUCAGAGCUUAAAAAAACCACAUUCUAUAUUACGUCCGAAGAGCAGUCUAUCAUUCAAGCACAAAUACCCAUGGCAAAAAUCAGAGGAGAAAAUGGACGCAGAAUUAUGCCCUAACCAGAGCAGUAUUACAACAAGAUUAUCUGGGUUAGAAAAACGAUAUGGUAGUGAAACUAUAUGCACAAAACCAAAAAUGAGACCUAUCAAACAAAGUGAUAAUGAAAAACAAGAAAAGGGCGAUCUGACGGGAAAAAAUAGAUAUACCCUAGAAGUUGAGAAAGAUGGUUCUUGCUUCAAGGGCCAAGCAAAACAGGGACAAUCCAAUACAAGACAAAAGUCUGAAGACCAUAUUUGCAACAAACCAAAUAUCAAGGAGAGUACAAAAGAUUUACCAACUACAGGGCAAGGGAAAGAUGGAAAAUGUCUCACCAAUAAAAAGGAUAACAAAGGAGACAUAACUGAGAAAAAAAAGUUUAGUCUGGAAAAUAAAAAAGAGUCUUGCUGCUUCAAGGUGUGUGAGAAAGUUACAGCGAAAAAAGAGAAUAAAGAACAAGAAAAAGAUGAUAAAUGUCUCAACAACAAAGGGAAUAAGGAUACAACAACGAAAGAGCAGAAGAAAGAUGGAAAAUGUCUUGCCGAUAAGAUCAAUAAAGAAGGCCUAACUGAGAAGAAAAAGUUUAGUUUAGAAAAUAAAAAAGAAUCUUGCUGCUUCAAGGCUUGUGAGAAGGAUACAACGAAAAAAGAGAACAAGGAGCAAAAAAAAGACGAAAAAUGUCCUGGCAACAAAAAGAAUGAAGAGAUGGCCUGUGAAAAUGUAAAUAAAAAGUAUUUUCUGGAUAAGAAAAAAGAUUCCCUGUGUUUCAACGAAAAACCGAAAAGAAGUCAAUCUGAACCAAAAAGCAUUUGCGAGGGAAUUAAAAAAAGUCAAAAUGAAAUGAGUAAAGACUGUUCCAAUUACAACAAAGAGUGUACAAAAGAAAACUUGAAGAAUUUAUUGGAAAAUUAUAACAAAACAAUCGAAAAAAUGCUGGCCAAAGAUGAAAAAUCUUCAGAAAACGCUAAGAAACGGACUGUUUGCGAAACAAAAAGUCAUAUAGGAGAUGGUAAAGAAAAAAGCGGUAGUAUCAAAGAUAUUUGCUUGAAAAUGAGAAAAAAAGAAAGCCGGGAAGAAGAGAGAGUCAAAAACCAACAGUGUCAAAAGACUGUUGAAAGUCGAAAAUCAGAUAAACCAGGUUCUACUCGACAAAAGGAUGCGCUAGGUGUGAAUGAUAUCAAAUUAGAUGAAAACGAAGAUGAUGUGUUCAUUUGCAAGGUAAAAAAGCUCGGAAAAUCAGAACAGUUCAUAUGCAGUGCAAAAGGUGGAGAAUGUAAAAUGUCCAGUGAGCCAGAAAAAGGUGUUGUCAGGGUGCUGAAAUGUAAACUAACAAAAGAUGAUUGCGGAAGAGACGUGUUUGUUUGUAAGGAAAUAAAGCCUAUGACUGCUGGAGAUGGCAGCUCAGAAGCCGAGUAUGAGAAGAUGAAACAACUACUGAAACAAAAAAGUUCUCCAGAACUACCAACCAGACGUAUGACUAUUUCCAAGAAACUAGUUUGUAGAGAAAGAACAGAAGACGAAAGCAACGAAGUUCAGAAAGAAAAAAUCUGCAACGUGCAUGAAGUUAGAGAAAUAGUCGGAGGAAAAAGUAUCAAAAAACAACAAUCUGAAAGCUCAAGAAGAAAAUGUCCUUUCAGCUAUAAAGAUUUAUUGAAAAAAAGUGAACAGAUCAGAAAAGCCACUAAAACUGAAUCCUCCAAAAAAGAUAAGCGUUCGAACAAUCAAGAUUGCAAAGACAAAUUGAAAACGUAAUGAACAAAAUUUCGUCGACUCAUUUUUCUGUACCAUGCAUUGUUUUCGUUUUCAAUAAAAAGUAUGGGAUUUGAUAGAACUACAA